UUUCGUGAAUUAGCAUUUUUUGAAAGAAAAUACGAUAAAGGGUGAGAGAGAGGAGAGGAAAAUGAUAAGGGGGGGGUGGCAAUGCGUCAAUGCCACUGCACAUUGCAUAGUUUUGCAGAUUGCAGUGAGUGAGGUUUAAGGAUUAAAGAGGGAGAAAGUUGAAUCAUCCUCUCUCAUUCUCGCAUCUUCUUCUUCUUCUUUCGCAAAACCAACCAACCACCUACUCAGCUCAAAGGAUCUUCUUUGAACUCCCCGCUUCUGCAAAAACCCGUUUUUCGUGAGACCUUAUGGCUUCCAAUUCCAUUCAUUCCAAUCUCCUUCCCAAGUCUCCCUUCAAUCACUUCCAGACAUCAUCCUACUUGGUUGGUUCAUUCCCUGCUGGGAUUUUGCAAGUUAGAGUUGGUUUCAGCAAUUCAAGGAGGGUUCCUUCAUAUAGUUGUAUAAAAUGUGAAAAGAAAGAUGAUUAUAAUAUUGAGCAUGUAUCUGUUGAGCGUCCACCUUACUACAGUUACAUGGACUCCACCUCUGGCCAGCUUGAGCCGGCCUCCGGUGCUCGAGCAAGUGUUCCAGAGCAAGAGUAUUGGCCUGAGGGAACUGCUAGUCAGGUGAGGGCUGCCAGGGCGCCUCUGCCAGGUGGCGAAUCGUCAAGUUCUCCGUCUUAUGGUAGCCAGCCUGGAAGUAGGAGGAAGAAUUACAAAACAGCUGCUGCUUCUUCUUCAAGUAUUGAUGUAGAAUCGUCUGACCCUGCACCAUCUGAUGAGGCUUCUUUGGUUGAAUCCACUGAGGAUGCCCAAGAUUCUUCUUCUGAGUUUGUUGUUUAUCAGUCAGAACCGGAGGAAGAAGAAGAGGCGGGAUAUGACCUUGAUAAGAAAAUUGGAAAUCCUCACCCGUUUAUUGAUCCAAGAGUUAAAAAGAAAAUAGAGGGCACACUUCCUGAGGAAGAACUAUGGUGGAACUGGAAGAAGCCAGAGAAAGAACAAUGGUCCAGGUGGCAAAGGAGGAAACCAGAUGCUGAUACGGUUUUCCUGAAAGCCAUGGCAGAAACUGGGCAAGUAAAGCUUUAUGGUGAGCACCCAACAUUGACAGAAACGUCUCUUUACCGAGCAAGACGCCAUCUUUAUAAGGAAGAGAGGCUUCAGGCUGAGGAAGAUAGACUGGAAGAGAUUGGUCCGAUGGCAUACUAUUCAGAAUGGGUAAAAGCAUGGAAAGGGGACACAUCUCGUGAAGCUAUUCAGAAGCAUUUUGAAGAGACUGGUGAAGAUGAAACUGCUCAACUAAUUGAAAUGUUCAGCCACCAAACUGAUCGGGAGUAUCGCGUAAUGAUGGGAACUGAUGUGCGUAUUAAAAGGGAUCCUUUAGCAAUGCGAAUGAAGGAGGAACAGAUAAAGCAAAUAUGGGGUGGAGAUCCGGUUUACCCAACCGUGAACUAUAUUCAAGAUCCAAAUGAAGUGAUCGACUACAGGGGACCGGAUUUCCAUGAACCAACACCAAAUAUGCUGUCUUAUCUGAUGGAGCAUGGACACGUUAUUACAAGGGAGGAACUCAACACUAUUCUGGCAAAGGAGAAGCCUGAACAGCAUGUGGUGACAGAUGUAGAUGAAGCUAUGGCGAAAGCCGUUGACAUUGGUGAAAAUGAUGAUGAAGAGGAUAGUGAUGUUGAAGAUGAAGAAGAGGGAGAAGGAGAGGAAGAGGAAGAGAAGAUUACUCGUAAUUGGAGCGUCUUGAAAAGUACUCCUGAGCUUCGCCAGUCAAAGCCAAAACCAAAGAAGGACGGUCCUAUGUCUCUGGAUGAGGCUAUAGAUGAUUCUGAGAACUUGACUGAUUUCCUCAUGGACUUUGGAGAAGAAGAAUGAUAUGACUCCUCAUGACACAUUCCAUGUCAAAGGCAUAUAUUGCAGUUGUAGACGCUCAGACGCGCACAUGUUGUAGACACAGGCCGAGGGAUUUAGUUUGUAAGUAAUUCCUUGUCAGUUUCUUGAACUAUGAGCAACUUGCUUUAGGCAUUGCCACAAAGAUAGUGUAGCUCUGGCUAUAAAUGUUGAAAUCAGAUUUUGAAUCAGGAAGCUAGUUCCUUAAAUACUCUCAGAUACUUGUUCCCACUUUCCAACACCUCCAAUAUACAUGCACAAUUCUGAUAUCAUAGUCCUUCAUAUGCAAGAGGUCCAAUAUGAUUGCAUUGUGAUUUUGGUGUAAACUAGAGUCUAAUAAAUUUUGGGUAGGAAAGUGACCAUUGCAGGUGCAUCUUUCUCAAGGAGUGUACUGAUUUCCACCAAGGCAUGUAUAAGAAGAUGACUUUAGAAUAUAGAUUCUUGUAAACUUUGUAAAACUUUAUUAUUUGAUUUGCAUUGUCAAUGAGUUCUUGUAUUGCAACA